UCAGUCACGCUUUUAAAGGAAACUGUAAAAAUGGACAAUCGAAAAUUAGGUAUUUGUGCUAUAUUUUUUGAUUUGGAUAAUACUCUCGUAAAAACUAGAAAGGCCGAUGAAGAAACUUGUAAAGAGGUAUGUGUUUGAAUGUCAUUAUAAAUAUAUUGAUAGUUAUUGUUUUAUCAUCCUUAGAUAUUUUUAAUAACAAAUAGUAUUUAAUUUCUGGUGGAAUGAACUUUCUAGUCUUUUAAACACGUUUCAUGAAAUCAGCUGUUAUUCAACAAUACACGAGUAUUAAUACAGCUGCUUAGAUAAUCUGAUUAUGUAGCGGUUUUUCAAUAAACAAAAGCAAUUGUUUUUCUUAUUUAUAUUAAUGUGGUGAUUUAAUAUGAAAUAGCAACUGUAUGAUAUUAUAUUCAAUGAAUUAUGCUAACGAAUCUUUCUAUGUAUGCUAAAUCAAGUUUAGAGGCAGUGAUUAUAGCUACAACUUAACGGUUAAUAAGUAUAUAAUAUAUUCAUGAACGUACGAUAUUAUAUUCUCGUUAUCUUAGUAUAUUUAGUAAUCUAGUUCUUAUAUCACCUUAUUGAUUAUAUAACUCAACAAGUGAUACGUGAUAAUAAGAGUUUCGUUAGAAAUAUGCAUACGUUGUAAAAAAUACUGGUUGGUUUGAUAGAACCUACGUAUUAUCUGUCAGCAUUUCAUAGCAAAAAGAAGAAAAUAAGGUUAAAUUAUGUUUACAGAAUCUAAAGUCGUAGGUAAACGACUGAAAUAUCUAAAAAUAAGUAAGUCGAUACCGAGACGCUAGAAAUAUCCGAAUAUAGAAAUUUGUGAUGCCCGACACUAAAAAUAUCUUAACUAUGAAAUCUGCUGAAGCGCUACGAUCGUUAGUCUUUUCUUGAUCACUCUCGAGGUUACAAUAAAUUUAACUUUAUUUGUACUGCCAUUUGUUUAUCUAAAAUGGGUGAAGUGUCAGAUGCUGUAAAGAAGUGCUGUAAUAUUUUAAAAAAUUCAUCAAGUGAUACCGAAAAAUUUGCUGCUUUAUUUAUGGUUACAAAAUUAGUAAAAGGAAAACACGCGACACCAAAUGCCAAGAAAGCAAUUUUUGAGUCUAUUGGAUUUGACUUCUUACGAAGGCUUUUACUUACCACUGAUGUACCUGUUGAUUGUCCCCCUUCUAUUUACAAGUCAGUUGCUUUAUCAAUAAUAACAGUAUUUUGCAAUGAAGAAGAGUUAGCUACGAAAAAAGAAAUGUUAGACUUUGUUCCAGCAUUUCUCGAUAUAGUAAAAGCAGCCGAUGAUGUUGAAAAUGAUGAUAGUCUUAUGGCAAUAGGAGAGGCUUACAAUUGUAUUAAAGGUAUAGCAUCCUAUGAACCAGGUCAGAAAAAACUAAUUGAAGCUAAUGCUGUUGAUAAACUUGGUGAAAUAUAUUCACAAGGCAGUUUUCAGUCCGAUGAAGCACUAAACAUUAUGGCAGUUCUAAUAGCAAAAGAUCCAGCAUCCUGGAAUAACAAAGAUCCAAAAGCUUAUCAUGCAUUAUUAAAUAAAAUUGCAGUUGACUUUGAAACAGAUCAAGAUAAAAGAAAAUUUGAAAUUUGUGAAGUGCUUCAUGCUUUAGUGUAUAACUGUCCUAAAACUAAUAUUUCUGAUUUUGCUUCCACUGAAACAUGGCCUCAAAGUAUUUAUAAAGGUUUAUGUGAUAUUCUACAGAGUAAGAUAACAGCUGCUCAGAGAAAUCCUGCAUUAUUUCUUACGUCUAGUGUACUACAUUUAUUAGGAAUUGAGUGGCUCUUUUCUGAUGAAGAAAAAGGUAAACAAAUGUUUCUUUUACUUAUUCAGUUGGCUUCGAUAGAGGUUAGAAUGCAGUUAGAAGGAAAAAAUCUUAAAUCUUUAUCACCUCACCAUAACCUUAUUACAGCCUGUUACUUAAUAUUAGAAGUAUCAAUAAAUUUUAUAACUGAUGAUCAAAUUGAUCUUGAACAAAAAGAAAAACAGACAUUAUAUACCAGUUUGAAGGGAGCAUUUACAGUUGUUGUCACAUUAUUGUUAAAAAUUCAAGCCGACAAAUCAAAACCAUCAGGUGAAGAGAAAUUAUUCAUAUGUGGCACUAUAAGAGUUCUUGCAGCUUGGUUAGCACAAGAAACUGCAGCAAUGAGGCCUCAAAUUUAUCAACUGCUUCCAUUUAUCCUUGACUUAGCAAAUGAAACUUUCUAUGCUUAUAGAGAUCGUAGAGUAGCUGAAAAAGCAGGCAAGCCAGGGGAAAAUAAUAUACUAAGUAAUAUUGAUUUGCUCAGAGUUAUGUUACCUGCUCUUUGUCACUUAGCUGUUGAAGAUGAAGCAAGAAAGUUAAUGUUGAAAAUUAAGGAAGAGAAAGUUUUAUUAGAUGUGUUAAAGUUCCAUUGGACCAUAGUACAUUAUAAAAGACCUCCUGUCCCUAGAGCUGAGAGAUUAAAAUACUUAAACCAACCUCAACCUGAGUUAACUCCUGAUAUUUUGGAGGAUAUGAAAGACUCUAGGACAGCUAUGAUUAGUACUUGCAAUUUAUUAAUGAAUUUAACCGUAUUGGAGGCCAAAUAUGUAGAAGAAUCAGAAGCAUGUAAUGAAUUACUGAAAUUUGUAUUUGAAAAUUUACCUGAAUUGAAAGAUAUACCUGAAAACUUAGUUCUCCAUGGAAAUAUGGCUAUUUUGGGAUUACUGUUACUUAAACAACUAUCAAAUAAAGUGAAGAAGAAUGAUUUUUCAAUAUGUAGGUACAUUCAAGCUACUAUAAGAUUUUUGUGGGAUGCUUAUAUUAUUGAUGAAUCUAAUGAUCCUACUGCUCUCGUGGUUUCAAUGGCAUAUAAAGAACACUGGAUGGAAAUUAUGGAAUUAUGGUUUUUGGGUAUGCAGACUUUAGCUGGAGUAAUUUCUGUUAUUCCUUGGAUAUCUGAAUUUGCAAUUGAAAGUGGAUGGGCCGAGGGAAUUAUCCAACUUUUGAAAAAAGUUAAAAUCGGUUCAUUACCUCCAAAUGUCAAAUCUGCAUUUGAGGAUUUCCUGUGCCAUUUGGUGGAUGCCAAUGAUAAUGUGAUAGAGGUUCUGAAGAAGGCAGAAGCUUUGAGAGUUUGUAGAAAUCAUAGAUUAAUGGAUUUGGGUAAAAAACUAUUUGGUGAUUAAUUCCUUAUUAUUAUUAUAUAAAGUAUGUAAAAGUAAUGGAUUAUAUAUAACAAUUUAAUGGCAGUAAUGCUUAUUAUAAUAUGUCAUUCAUUUUUUAUAUUAAUUUUCUAUAAAUAAUUGAAAAAUUAUUCAAAUCUAUGCAGUGGGGGAUUUACAGAUUUGUCUCCUAUAGUAACCACUGAAAUUAAAUGGCUUGUUUCACAAAUAUUACACAAACUAUAAUAAUUUUUUAUCAAUAAAAUUUGAACUUUAUAUUUUAAAAACUAAUAUUCCUUUCAGGAUCCUUGCUUAUUGUCAUGGCAAAUAAUUGUUAAAAGACAUUAUUUUAAGUAGAAAAUUUCAAUCAUGUACUACCAAAGUAAGGUAUGAAUAAAGCUUCCUCGACAAAUAAUGUUGAUACUUAAUUUCCAUUACACUCACAGUUUAACAACAAUAAAAUAAAUAUUUUUUAGUUAUCUGUUAGUAUUCCAGCUUAAUUAUAAAAAAAUUACAAUACGUUUUUGUGGGACUCUGAAUUUGGAAAAUCAUGAUCACAAUAGUAUAUUUAGAACUGUUUCAUUUAGAAACGUUCAAGUACUCAGUAUACUGCAUAUGAAACUAUAUUUCAAUUUUAUAUUAAAUUAAUUUUAUCUGUAAAACUCGUCUUCUCAGAGUGAUUAAUAUAUAUUUUUUUCAUUUUACAAGUCGAAAAUCGAAAAUUUAUGAAUAAAAUUUGCCAAUCCUCGAAAUCUACCACCCUAGUCCACAGCAGCCUUCUCAGCCUGCUGGUAAAUCCACCACUGACUUUUUUAUAAUGUUAUGAUAAAUUGUUUUAAAAAUAUAUCUUGUUUCCAAUCUAUAUAACUUGGAUUAAUACAAUAAGUUAAUUCUUCCAUAUAUGUAACAACAAAAAAUUUGUUUGGUGUCCCAUUAAGUAUAUAAAGAAUAAUAUUUGCUUAGGGAGUAUUGGAUUAUCUGUUUUUUAAUCAAAUAAAAAAUAUAAUAUCAAACAAAUUUUAAAAUAUAUGAGUGUUUCCAUCAUAUUAUCUCUAACAAGAACAAACACAAGUAGAUCUUUCAAUUUUAGUUUACAGUUAGGAUUUUAUAAUUAAACUUUAAAUAGUGAAUUUCUACCAAUGAAUUAUAUAUUACUCAUUCUAACUAUAUUUUCUGAAAACUGCUGAGUAUGUUUAUUUCUGAAAAAACUAGUUAUAAGAACUUAUCACAAAGCUGUAAAUAUAAUUUUGAUUUAAGUAAUAAAAGUUUAUGAAACAUCAAUUAUCAAUAUUGAUGGGUUUUAAUAUUAAACUUGUGUAAGUGGUAAAGUAAUAGUCAACAAGAGAGUGAUUUUUGAUGCCAUCAUUGAAAAACUGUUUGUACUAAAUAAAUCAAAAAUAAAUUAGUUUCGUUAAAAUCUGGUUGGUCAGUAUUAAUCUAGCAGUUCAUUGAUAUUGUUCAAAAUAUUUUCGUUAUAAAUAGUAUUUGGAGAUUUGAUUGUACUUUUGUAAUCUAUAUCAGUCUCUUGAAGUUUUCUUUUGUUUUAUUCCUAGUUUGAUGGUUAUCUUAUUGCCUGUUUAAAAAUAAACUUUCUUAGGUCAGAUUUUUAGUACUUUAUUCAUUAGUGCUAUGAAUUUCAAGUAUAAAACAUGUGAACAUAAGAUUAUAUAAUAUAAGUAUUUCAUUCGUUUUAUCAACAUUUUUACCAUGUUUACUGUAAUUGAAUAUUUUCACAUUACCUAUUUAUAUAUGAUAUGUUGUAAGAGACUGCUAUUCAUGGAGCUAGGGUCAUUAGUGCUCAAUCAUCAUUAUGAUUUGAGAAAUAUCUUAAUUCAAUUUUCAUUACUUUUGGCCGAAAUUACCAUCUAUUCAAAAUGUACUGAUAUAUUUCAUAUUGUUGCUGUUGGUUUGUGUAUAUUCUUUAAUUUUAUGAUUUGCACCAUGUAAUAUUAUGAAGCUAGGUUUUUUACAAUUAAAAUUCCUUUAUUGUUAUUUCUUCUUGUAUUGAAAACAGUAUCUUUAUUUAUUUAAUUACUUAUAAGUUUUGUUCUUUUAUACUAUAUAUUAGCGACCGUCUACAAGAAAAUAUCCCAAAUUUAUUGUUAAUCAUAGAUCCCAACAUAAGUUAUGUUCACUAGUAAUAUAUUAUCUGGAAAUUAUUUAAAGUAUCAGCUUGUUUUAAAUGAAUGAAUUAUUUACAUAUUUUCUUUUAUGGCUUUGACAUCUAUUUUAUUUGGCUUUCUUAUCUUCUUCUUAUCUUAAGAGUGAGGCCAGUGUCUUUACAAGUCAUUAUUUUAUUUACCAAAUCUAUACUUAAAUUGUUUUUUUUAUGUAUUAUACUUUAUACUAUUUUUAUAAACAUAUUAACGCCUAGUGUGUGCUGAAGACAUUGUAUUUUGAUUAAAAUUUUGAAAGUGUAAAGUUUGCAUUUGUUUUUUGUAUUAAUAUAGAUUUUGUAAAAUUUUUAUAAUGUAUGGAAUCAAAUAAAAUUGCAUUCAACACUGUAA